AUGGAGAAACCCUUUGCACACAGACAGGCCUUCUUGCUGUGGCCGCCCUUUCUGCUGCCCAACUUCAACGGCUUUUUUUUUCUUUCUGCUGCUGACAUUCUUGCUUUUAAUUUCAUUUUCUACAUCUCUUUGCUGAGCCUGAGCGUCUUUGGCUGGCGAUAA